AUGCAGACAUACCUCGCCCAGAGGCAACGAAUCUUGAAGAGAUGCCAUCCAUUACGGAUGUGGAGCAUCUGUCUUCUUACAAUUGGAUCGAGUCGUCCAUCCCCACGAUUGCUGUUCCUGGCUGCCCCCAUCGUUGGUCUCCGCCGAAAACCCCCCAUGAAAGUGGCCAAAGACUCGGGACUCAUUUACAUUGCUCAAAACGCGUUUCGCCAUCCUGCAAGUCCGUUUGAGCCACUGUUUCGCUCGUUAUACAUUGAACAUCCCUCAUACAACAUGCGCCAAGUUGACUUGAUAACUGAUCGACACAACGUCCGCAAACUUCUGUCGUUCAUCAACCCAAAGCUCUCUAAACCUUCACGGGAGCCUUUUAACAUUCAUGUUGAGAUCACCGGCAAGACAGCGAUCUUUUGUCGGACAGAAACCAAAACAUAUGCAUUCAUUGGGCGACACGUUUUCAGGGGCCACGGUCACGAGUUUGAGAAAGCGUUCACCACAAGCCAACUAGCCGGUAGCACUGGACAUCAUCGGGUCAUUUCCUACAACUUGGGUGGUUUGAAACUCAUCGUACGCUACGAAACCGACGCAUACGUUGAUGGAGUUGCAGGUCAACCCCAUGUGGAUUCGGCAAAUGAGAAUCUCUUGGACAUGAUGGGAAACCUGUCUCUUUCGCGACCUGAAAGUCACUCACAUCUUCCUACCGAAUCCAAAUUAGUGAUUCGGAAAGAAGGAAAACAGGUGCCAAUCGAAUCAACUCUCGAGAUCAAAACACGUGUGGCCCAUAGGUAUAUCGGCAUCCAAGAAGUUCUUCCACAGCUAUGGGUAUCGCAAACACCUAAUCUUGUCCGUGCCUACCACCAAGGCGGCAUAUUUGCACCACCGGAAGUCGAAGAUGUCACUCGUGAAAUUGCUGAGUGGGAAGAAAACCAUGCUAAUGACAUUUGGUGUUUGGUUGGAUUGGUUAAGCAAAUUAUGAAAGUGGUGAGAGAGAAUGGGGGGAACGCCGUCAUCAAAUAUGACGGUCGAAGUGAUGGCCUUACGGUUUGGACAAGAGAAGGGAGCAAGAUGUUACCGGACGACAUCUAUUUGAAAUUCGGUGAUGAAACGGCACCGGCUCAGGCGAUUGAAUCGGAUCCUCGGAAAAUAACUCUCAAGAUCGGGGAUACUUUCCACAAUGUUGACAUCUCGAUGAUACCAUAUUUAUCCUCCUUUGUCAGCUUUCAACGUCGUGCCCAGCCGCAAAACAUAAACCUCAUACAUGGCGAUAUUCCGCUAUUUGAGAUUGCUCUCAAGGGCUUGGAAUCAGGCUAUCGGCAAUGUUUCCGCUCUUUGCGAGCUGACAUCCCUCGGUAUAAGACUCUCUGUGAAACAUAUGACUUUCUCCAGGUCGACGUACUUGCCGGGCAGUCAAUUGACAAUAUCUUUGCCGAUUUGAGGGCCGGCAAAACCGAUGACGAACUCGACUACAAGCGCUAUCGAGCUGUAAAGGGCGAUAAAUCUCGAGCACGAGACGCCGCAUUUCGACUGUUAUUUCUGAUAAUACGGGGCGAAUUCAGUGAUGAGAAGAGAGAUCCCGACAAGGUUUACAACGCCGUGCUAUUCGUUGUCUCAUACCCAGGCACCUUCAAACAGAGCACGAGAAUUGUGCUGCGGUCAGCCUUUGAAGAGCGCUUUGUCGUGUCCAAGAAGCAACGAAGCCAAUUAGAUCGUUGGCAAAUGGGGGUUACGACCGACUCGUCAGGCGAGGAGAACACAACUGAAGAUGAAUAUCCUGAGCCGUAUCUUUCUGACGAUUCUUAA